AUGGACAUCUCAGCACCAGGACUCCCAACCUCAAACCAUCCUCCGCACCAGACCUCCGAGAAGCCGGAUUACAGGAGACGCCACGCUCCCAGUCGAGUGUUAAAUUAUUUGCAAUAUUUUUUAUACGUCAAGAUGUCGUUGCUACAGUCAAUAGUAGUGUUUUUGGUGGCAUAUGUCACUUUAAAUGUGGUAAAUGCUCAGGUAAUGAUUCCUGGUGGAUGCCCAGAUAUCAAACCCCUUACGAACUUUGAGCCUGCCAGGUAUCUUGGUAAAUGGUACGAGGCUGAAAAAUACUUUGCGAUCUUUGAAUUGGGCGGCCGGUGUAUCACAGCCACAUACACAGAUAACGGCAACGGGGUUAUCGGUGUUUAUAAUAAACAAGUAAAUUCAAAUGGUAAAAAAUCCGGUAUAGUUGGAGAAGCAAAAUUGACUGGUGACUCAAACGUAGCCAAGCUGAGCGUUCGGUUUCCAUCACUACCCGUUGACAUACCGGCGCCAUAUUGGGUGAUCGACACAGAUUAUGAUAACUAUGCUUUAGUAUGGAGUUGCACAGACUUGGGACUUAUGCAUACAGAAACUUCUUGGAUUCUUACAAGGGAGAGAAACCCACCACAGAGUGUUAUCGACACUGUGUACCAAGCAAUUGAGAAAAACAAAAUUGACAAGACACAUUACAUUAAGACUGACCAAAAGAACUGCCCCGAGGAUAAGGAAUAA